AUGGCAACAACCAUCAGAAAUCGUGAUAAUGUUUAUUCCAAUGGAUCAAUAUCCAGUAAUUUUAUAAAUAUUCAUGAUUGGUUUACUUCAUUUCAAGAUGAGAAAGUGCCAUCAACUUUGAACUACAAUCCAAAGCUUAAUGCUGAAAUUCAUUUAGCCAUAACUGAAGAACCUUCGGAAUAUGUGUCAUCGAUUUGUGAUCAUCUUUUUUCACUUUAUCAUAAUGUACAACAUCGGUUAUUCGUACUUCAAUUUCUUCCGUCAUUCGUCAUAGCCUAUUAUGAUGUUCUUUAUCAUCAUCAUCAACUAGAAUCAAUUGAUGCUACGACUAAGGAUGUUUGUUCAACAAUUGAUACUUUCCUUGUCAGUCUUUACAAUCUAAGUGUGACGGAUGAUGGGAAUAAUGAAAAAACCGUUGAAUUCCGUGUUCCAAAUUUAACUCUUCCAUCUAUUUAUCAUAAACCGAAUCCUGAUCAUUAUGCUCCAAUACUGCUUACUCAAUAUGCAAUAUCGAAACAUGAGCAAAAAUGCGAAGUUAUUCGUUUACAAGCUUUUACUCCAUAUGAUUCUGUCAAUGGAAAUACAAGGGAACAAAUUCUCUGGUUUCUUCUCAUUCAAUAUGGUACAGAUGUAUCUUUUAUGGAUAAAUAUUCUCGACAAUCAUAUAUUCAAAUGUCAAAAAAAUUACUUGGUCAAGGUUUUUCAUUUAAUGGCGAUCAAUCAUCAAAAACGAAAUCAGUUUUACCACCAAAUGGUCGUCGUAUUCAUGUAUCAAGUCGAGUUAUGUCUGAAAUGUUGGGAACAUUAUUUUAUUUUAAAUUUAAUGCAUUAGAUAAUGAAGCAGAUGAAUGUAUGCGUUUAUUAAAAUAUCGUGCAGAAUAUGAAAUGUAUGCUGAUGUUAUAUUAAUGACUGAAUCAAUGAAAUAUUUACAUCAAUUUGAAACUGAACGACCUGAACAACACGAUACAAUGGGUAUUGAAAUAGAAUUGCCACCAGCAAUGGAUAUAGUACGACAAAAACGAACAGCAACAACAAGACGUUCAAUGAAAAAUCGUCAACAUUUCAAUAAACAAAAUGAUCAAACAGUUCUGAAUGAAACUAGUAUUGAUGAUAAUAUAGAUAUUACACCUUCAUCACAACCACAACCACCCAAACUUAACGUGGCUGAUGAAAAUUUUCUAACAGUUGAAUAUAAAAGUUUUAAUGAGUAUGAUGAUGGUCAAUCAUCACCAAUAAUCGAUGAAGCCCGAUCAAAUAUUUCUUCAUCAAUUGGUCCAGCUACAUCAACUCCAUCACCAUCAUCAACUCGUCAUUACAAACCAGUAUCAUUAACUUCAACACAAACUUAUUUUAAAAAUAUUCAACAAAAUGGUUCAUCGCCAAUUUUACAACUCAAAACAAUGAAACAUAAUGAUGAUACUUAUGAAGAUAAAGAAUCAACAACAGUGUUAGCAUCGUCACAUUCAUCCAGCAUAAAACAUGGAAGAAAAAAGGAUGUUAUAACAACAGUUAGAUUUACUGAUGGUACAUCACAUGAAAAUGAAACAAAUAUUGAAGAAACAUAUCUUUAA